ACUCGGCACUACUAUACGCUAUCUACUUUCUAUCCAAGCAACACGACUUAGUUUCUACCGAUCCCGUUUAUCUAUUCGUCUAGCAUUUUCUCAGCAUGAAGACUUCACCAUCGCAAGCAACACUGGCAGCAGACUUGAUUUUGAUACAAACACCAACGUCUGGCCGAGCUCUCAUCGCUACACGCACUAUUCCUGCAGACACACCAAUACUGAUUGCACCAGCUCCAUUUGCACACGUUAUAUACCGCACAUUUCGAAAAGAGGUAUGUGCAGCAUGUUUCAAGUAUGCGAGGGAUGAUGGGAAAAUGGUGUGGAACAUUCGGUGGGUGAGCGGAACUGUCGAUAAUGGUGGCGGUGGGAAGAGCAAUGUCCAAGGUGGUGGAACUGCGUAUUUCUGCACUGACUCAUGC